CGGGACCAGGCCCGGGCCGAGGACCGCGGAAGGGCACCCUGUCAGCGCGCGGGCCGCAGCUGCAAAUUGGGCAAGCAGUGGCUGCCGCUCUGCGCAUGUGCAGGAGGCGCCGAAGUUUCUCUUCGUAACUUUCAAGUGGUCGAGACACCACCCCGCCCGCCCGCCCAGGUGGAGCCAGACAACUUCCUCCCGCCACGCCAGCUGCUCCACCGCCGCAGGGAGGAAGGCACGAUGACCGUCUCCCCGUUCCUGGAUCUGUGGCAGUCCAAGGCGGUGUCCAUCCGGGAUCGACUGGGCAUUGGGGACCAGCCCAAUGAUUCCUACUGCUACAACUCAGCUAAAAACAGCACCGUGCUCCAGGGGGUCACCUUUGGUGGCAUCCCCACCGUCCUGCUCAUAGACGUCAGCUGCUUCUUGUUUUUAAUAUUGGCGUUUUCAUUCAUAAGAAGAAGAUUCUGGGAUUAUGGCCGCAUUGCCUUGGUGUCAGAAGCGGACAGCGGGUCCAGAUUUCAGAGGUUGUCGUCAUCUUCCUCCCAAGGACCACAAGACUUUGAAAGCGAGCUGGGAUGCUGCCCCUGGCUGACUGCAAUCUUCCGACUGAAUGAUGACCAGAUCCUGGAGUGGUGUGGGGAGGACGCCAUCCACUACCUGUCCUUCCAGAGACACAUCAUCUUCCUGCUGGUGGUGGUCAGCUUCCUGUCCCUGUGCGUCAUCCUGCCCGUCAACCUCUCGGGGGACCUGCUGGACAAAGACCCUUACAGUUUUGGGAGGACGACGAUAGCAAACCUACAGACUGACAAUGACCUCCUUUGGCUGCACACCAUCUUCGCCGUCUUUUACCUCUUACUCACCGUGGGCUUCAUGCGGCACCACACCCAGUCCAUCAGGUACAAAGAGGAGAACCUGGUGAGGCGGACCCUGUUUGUCACAGGACUCCCCAGCCAUGCCACAAAGGAGACUGUGGAGAACCACUUCCGGGACGCGUAUCCGACAUGCGAGGUAGUGGAGGUCCAGCUGUGCUACAACGUGGCCAAGCUGAUAUACCUGUGCAAGGAGAGGAAAAAGACUGAGAAGAGCCUGACCUAUUACACAAACCUGCAGGUGAAGACCGGCCAGCGGACCCUCAUCAACCCCAAGCCCUGCGGCCAGUUCUGCUGCUGCGAAGUGCAGGGCUGCGAGCGGGAGGAUGCCAUUGAUUAUUACACACGCAUGAAGGACAAGCUGGCAGAGAGAAUCACAGAGGAGGAGUGCAGGGUCCAGUACAAGCCUCUGGGGAUGGCCUUCGUCACCUUCCAGGAGAAGUCCAUGGCCACCUAUAUCCUGAAAGACUUCAACGCCUGCAAGUGUCAGGGUCUUCGGUGCAAAGCUGAGCCCCAGCCGUCCUCCCACAGCAGAGAGCUCUGCACCUCCAAGUGGACAGUCACCUUUGCUGCUUACCCAGAGGACAUCUGCUGGAAGAACCUCUCGAUCCAGGGCCUCCGCUGGUGGUUCCAGUGGCUGGGCAUCAACUUCACUCUCUCCGUGGGGCUGUUUUUCCUGACCACACCUUCCAUCAUCCUGUCUACCAUGGACAAGUUUAAUGUCACCAAGCCCAUCCAUGCACUGAACGACCCCAUCGUCAGCCAGUUCUUCCCAACCCUCCUCUUGUGGUCCUUCUCGGCCCUGCUCCCGUCCGUUGUCUACUACUCUACGCUGCUGGAGUCUCACUGGACCAAGUCAGGGGAAAACCGGAUCAUGAUGACCAAAGUCUACAUAUUCUUGAUCUUCAUGGUGCUGAUUCUGCCCUCCCUCGGCCUCACCAGUCUGGAUUUUUUCUUCCGGUGGCUCUUUGACAAAACUUCCUCAGAAGCCUCUAUCAGGUUGGAGUGCGUCUUCCUGCCGGACCAGGGCGCCUUCUUUGUGAACUACGUGAUAGCCUCGGCCUUCAUCGGCAAUGGCAUGGAGCUGGUGCGGCUGCCCGGCCUCAUUCUCUAUACCUUCCGCAUGAUCAUGGCCAAGACCGCCGCCGACCGCAGGAACGUCAAGCAGAACCAGGCCUUCGAGUUCGAGUUCGGAGCCAUGUAUGCAUGGAUGCUGUGUGUCUUCACCGUCAUCAUGGCCUACAGCAUUACCUGUCCCAUCAUUGUGCCAUUUGGCCUCAUCUACAUCCUGCUCAAGCACAUGGUGGACCGGCACAACCUCUACUUUGCCUACCUCCCAGCCAAGCUGGAGAAAAGGAUCCAUUUCGCGGCUGUGAACCAGGCCUUGGCUGCUCCCAUCCUGUGCCUCUUCUGGCUCUACUUCUUCUCCUUCCUGCGCCUGGGUCUGACAGCCCCUGCCACCCUGUUCACCUUCCUGGUCGUGCUGCUCGCCAUCCUGGUCUGCCUGGGCUACACCUGCUUUGGAUGCUUCAAGCACCUCAGCCCUCUGAACUACAAGACAGAAGAAUCUGCAAGUGACAAAGGAAGUGAGGCCCAGGCCCCCGUGCUGCCACCAUUCACACCCUAUGUGCCCCGGAUUCUGAACGGCUUGGCCUCGGAGAGGACAGCUCUGUCCCCACAGCAGCAGCAGAACUACGGUGCCAUCCACAACAUCAGUGGGGCCGUCCCAGGGCAGUGCCCGGCCCAGAGCCCUGCGGACAGUGUGGCGGCUGCCUGCCAGGAAGACUGAGGGUGGGCGAGCUGCCGGCUGGGCCAGGCUUGGGAGCCCGGAGGUGAAGAGACGCAGGUGGAGAAGCGGCUUGACAUGGACCCCAACCAAGUUCAGGACUUCUGUCCACGUGUUCUAAGCCCCACUGCUCAGGAAAGAUGGAACCAGGAAGGGGCGCUGGCCCUUGG